GACCUCGACCAUCCGCCCCUCCAUGGACGGCGCCCGAGCAGCAGCCGGCAGCGCAGGCCCCUCUCCCGUCGCUGCUCCUCCACAUACCACGGCGCCGAGAAGCACUCCUUUCGAUGUCUCCUCGUUCACCCACACGCCGUGCUACUGGUAUCCAAUCCCUUUGCCCAUAUUCUGGAUCCAUAGUUUCUAGCAGUAGAUUUAGGUAAGCAUGGUUCCCACCAGGAACUUUUACCCUUUCCUUGUGAUGGAAAUUUGUUUCCCGUUUCAUAUCUCCUGAUCAUGCAAGAACGUUUAGUAGGAGGCUAGGUGGUGAAAAAUCGCUGAGCAAAGAGCCAAAGAGUUGUUUGCUAGAACUCGGAAGUGACUGGGCAGUCGUCCCUGUCCAAAUGUUUAAUGGAAAUGGGAAUUGUACUGGGUUUUGGAUACAGGCGAGGAUAAUUGAAAUUUGGCUGCGGGUCCAUCAUGUGCUUAACGGGAAUGGGAACCAUAUUGCAACCCCUUCCCUUUGCCUAAAACCCAGCAUACUCAUUUAGGUGGUUUUAGUUUUGUGAUAGUAAGUUGAGUAUAAACUUACUUGAAGUUAGGACUUUAGAAAUAUAGUGGAACCAUCAUUUCCAUAUCCAGUGCACGAUGAUAUGGCCUUAUUUGCUGUAAUAUCCUGCAGAUAGUUGAGACUGGCAUGCAUUGUUUUUUCUUGUUUGUAGCUUGGCCAGCCCUAAAAGCAUUAUGUUAUGUCAUAAUUGUGAAGGAUGUAUUAAUGCAGUUUUAGGAUUAUUUGUAGUGACAGAAGCAAGUUAAGUCACUAUAUGUGUACGUACAAUUUCUGAUGGAUUUUGUGGGAUAUUGUUUAAAUGGACUUUGGAUAUUAAGAGAGGAAGUAACCAAUGCUUCUAUCUAUUAAGAAUGGAAAAUUAAGCUCCAAAUAUUUAUUAUUAGAUGUGACAUUGGCAAUCUGCUAGAAGAAUGCCACGCUCGUGCAAAUUUUUCUUACUAUUGUAUCAUUUCCAUGUUACAUGAAGCACUUGCACCAAUCCUGUAACGUAAUGCAUAUACUUCUGAUUUGUUAUGUUUAUUUCAUUCAAUUUCCAUUCUGUUCGUGCCAUUCCUCCUGUUAUUUCCGUACAUUUUACAUUACAUAUUCUCUUGUGAUCAAUAAUCCAGUCAGAAUACAAAGUAAUUUUGCUGGUUAUAUUCAUGGCUAACAGAUGAAUUUCAUAUGCACCGUUUGAGCCCUGUGUAUACUGUAUAAUAUUUUUCUUUUUUUUUCUAGAAGCUAUGUGGUGAGCAUACACGUAGGGAAAAAAAUUCCUCUGCUCUAUAAAAGUUUAUGUUUAUUUCAUACAUUUCCAUCCUGUUUGCUGGUCUCCUCUCAUUUCUGUAUAUUUUAAAUUAUUUUUUCUUGUCGUCAAUAAUCCAGUCACAACACAAAGUAUUUUUGCUGUUUAUAUUCAUGGCUAACAGAUGGAUUUCAUUUGCACCAUGUAGUGAAGAAAACAUUUACAUGCUAUGUAAGGAACUGAUGAGAAUUGGAGUGGCUGACCCAAUGGGUACUGAUCUUUAUGUUGUUUUCAUAUCAAAUGAGGAAAAGAAGGUUCCUCUCUGGCAUCAGAAAGCAAGUAAUUCUGAUGACGGAUUUAUCUGCUGGGAUUAUCAUGUGAUCUGCAUCCAGUCUAGGCGAAACAAAGGAGAAGUUCUUGAUCUUGUUUGGGAUCUGGACUCGGAUCUUCCUUUUCCUUCCCCAUUCAGCCAGUAUGUUUCCGAUGCCAUUCAACCACUAGCAUUUGGUGAUUCUAUAUAUAGAAGACUCUUCCGUGUUGUUCACGCUCCUUUGUUUCUUCAAUCAUUUGCUUCAGAUAGAAGCCACAUGAAGGACCCUGCAGGGAAUUGGAUCCAGCUACCGCCAAAGUAUGGUCCGAUCAUGGCCGCAGAUGGAACCACCAAUAACCUCCAUGAAUACAUCGCGAUGUCUGUGGAUGAUGUGGCGGACCUUGAAAGUAUGGUUACUGACAUUUACUCCAACAAGCAUGGUGUGGUGGUAAAUGAAACAAUACUGCCCAGAUUCUUCUCUCGACUGCCUGAUUCACAUCCUUAACAAGUGCACCACAUUUUUAAAAAAAAGUAGAUUCAGGUUUUCUUUAUGUUGGUGGGUUACUCUGUUCUGUGCCUCUAGUACAAGAUUGAGAAACAUGGAUGCAUACGGAGCAUCUGCAAGGGUUGUUUCACAUCUGUUUUGGAACUAAGGAAUACGAGCAUUUUGAUAUAUAAAAAGAAGGAAUAUGAGCAUCUGUAAUUCAAGUUAUCCUGUCCCAAAUGGGGCUUUCAUCACCCUAACAAUGUGUACCAGGUUAUGCUGAACGGACACUGCUUCCUUUUUUGUUACAUUGCUUUCUAUGUGGACCAAACUAUUCUGCAAGUGAAUGUGUUACUUCUAUGU